AUGGGGUGUUUUUCGCAAUGUCCAACUGUCCAUGCAUAUAAAAUGCGAGGGGAGCUUAAAGCGCUUACCAAGUUAGCAGAGCUAGCUGUUUCUCAGGAAGAAAAAGGAAGGGUAUCAUCCAUCACCAUGGCAACACGGCCGGGACCUUUCACCGAAUGGCCAUGGCAAUGGAUGGGCAACUUCAAGUACCUGGUCCUGGCACCUGCGGUGCUGCACACUGCCCACAGGGUGGCGACCAAAGGGUGGGCAGACCUCGAUCCAGCAUACGUCACCAUGUUACCAGCCCUGCUGCUGAGGAUGAUCCACAACCAAAUCUGGAUCAGCUUGUCUCGCUAUCAGACCGCUCGCAGGAAGAACUUGAUCGUAGACCGUAGUAUUGAUUUCGAGCAGGUGGACCGGGAGAGGUCCUGGGAUGACCAGAUCAUCUUCAAUGGACUCGAGUUCUAUCUGGCCUAUGCACUCAUCCCAAAUGUCAGGCUCCUUCCGGUCUGGAGAACUGAUGGGGCUAUCAUCACCGUGCUGCUCCACAUGGCGCCUGUUGAGUUCCUCUACUACUGGUUCCAUAGGGCCCUGCACCACCAUUUCCUCUACUCUCGCUACCACUCUCACCACCACGCCUCCAUCGUCACAGAACCGAUAACCUCUGUCAUCCAUCCAUUCGCUGAACAUGUGGUUUAUUUCAUGUUAUUCUCAAUCCCUACGUUAACACCCAUUUUUAUGGGCUGUGGCUCUGUUCUGGGUGUUGUCUUGUAUAUUGCAUACAUUGACUUCAUGAAUAAUAUGGGGCACUGCAAUUUUGAGCUGAUGCCAAAGUGGAUCUUCCAGGUCUUCCCUCCUCUGAAGUAUCUCAUGUAUACUCCAUCGUUUCACUCUCUCCAUCAUACCCAGUUCCGCACAAACUACUCAUUGUUCAUGCCAUUCUACGACUACAUGUAUAACACCAUGGACAAGUCAAGUGACGAGCUGUACGAGAGAUCACUGAAAGGAAGAGAUGAAACACCCGAUCUUGUUCACCUGACACAUAUGACCACCUUGCAAUCGACUUAUCAUCUAAGGAUUGGGAUAGCCUCCAUAGCCUCUAAACCAUCUGACGACCCUGUAUGGUAUAGCUGGAUGAUAUGGCCCGUGGCGUGGCUGUCGAUGGUACUGGCAUGGGUUUAUGGAUCCUCUGCAUUUGUCAUUGAGAGACUCCAAAUGAAGAAGUUCAAGAUGCAGACAUGGGCAAUACCAAGAUACAACUUCCAAUAUGGCUUGAAUUGGGAAAGAGAAUCCAUCAACAACUUGAUCGAAAAGGCAAUAUUAGAUGCUGAUGAAAAGGGGGUCAAAGUGCUCAGUCUAGGACUGUUAAACCAGGCAAAACCACUCAAUAGAAGCGGUGAAAUAUUUACACAAAAAUAUCCGAAAAUAAGAGUUCGACUUGUUGAUGGAAGUGGCUUAGCAACUGCAGUUGUGCUCAAGAGCAUCCCUUUAGGUACAAAGCAAGUUUUUCUUUGUGGAAGUACUUCCAAGGUAGCCUGCGCAAUAGCUAUAGCCUUAUGCGAGAAAGGCAUCCAGGUAAUUAUGAAUCAAAAGAAGGAAUAUGUCACGCUCAAGUCACGACUUCCAGAGAGUAGAACUGUCUACCUGAAAUUCUCCAAUAGAAACAUGCCUCAGAUCUGGAUAGGAGAUAACAUAGAUGAUAAACAGCAAGAGAGGGCACCACAAGGAACAACAUUUAUUCCUACGUCACAGUUUCCGCUCAAGAAGAUUCGCAAGGACUGCACUUACUUGAGUACUCCCGCAAUGAAGAUCCCAGAGACAAUGGAGAACGUUCACACCUGUGAGAAUUGGCUGCCAAGACGGGUCAUGAGUGCUUGGCGCAUUGCUGGAAUACUGCAUGCUCUGGAAGGUUGGGACAUGCACGAGUGCGGAGAUGAUAUGAUGGACAUCGAGAAGACUUGGUCGGCAGCUAUUAAGCAUGGAUUUGUUCCUCUGACGAAAGGUUGAUUCUUCUGAAUCCUGGCAGACACCUCUAAAUGCUGGAGGUUAUUCAACUAUGAGGCAGAGUCAAGUUUCAGCAUUAAGGGGUGUCAGAUAUGUUGGCCUUGCUAGCCUCAAUAUCAAGCAGAGUUUGCAUUGUAAUGUCCUAAAGGGAAGAAUAAAUUAAGGGAUUGGAAACUCCAAACUCAUAUCAAUAGCUAAGUACUCGGUUGUAUGGAUGCAAUCUAUGUAUCAUGAACUUUUACGCAGUGUCAAGGUUCACUAGGAAAGUGUCAAUCAUGUAUCAGUGGUCUUCAAACGCAAAAAUGAAUCAAACUAUGUACUGGCUGCGAAAGAUUGAAAUAUUACUUCAAGCCCACUUGCACAACAA